CAAACUUUUAUAAAAACAACUUUUCGAAAUUUCUUUGCACUGUUUUUGUAGCCUUUCAGGUGAGCCUCCCUAGGCCCUCCACAUAACCUUUUAUGAACCCAAAAUCUAUCCCCUCUCUCCUUCUAUUUGCUUUUCCUUUUCCUUUGGUUUCAGUGCUUCUCUUCUCCCCCUAUAUAUUCACAUUUCCUCUUCACUUUGUUUAUGCAUUGUCACUCUAUUUCUUACCCUCAAAGCACUCACAACACAGACAAGUAAAAACUCCCUGGGAAGAAACACACUUGAUUUACGUUGCGUAGACAUGUUGACAAUGGAAGAGAUCCUGCGUGAGCUUGCUGGUGAGGAAAUAAAGGAUCAGGGUUUGCCACCAGGGUUUAGGUUUCACCCAACUGAUGAAGAACUUAUAACCUUUUAUCUAGCUUCCAAAGUGUUUAAUGGAGCCUUUUGUGGCGUGGAGAUUGCAGAGGUUGACCUUAAUAGAUGUGAGCCGUGGGAGCUUCCAGAUGUGGCAAAGAUGGGUGAGAGAGAGUGGUACUUCUUCAGCUUAAGAGACAGGAAGUACCCAACUGGGUUAAGAACAAACAGAGCAACCGGAGCUGGGUACUGGAAAGCAACAGGAAAAGACAGAGAAGUGUACAGUGCUUCAAGUGGAGCCCUACUUGGGAUGAAGAAGACCCUUGUUUUCUACAAAGGCAGAGCCCCACGUGGCGAGAAGACCAAGUGGGUCAUGCAUGAGUACCGCCUUGACGGUGACUUCUCCUAUCGCCACACGUGUAAGGAGGAAUGGGUGAUUUGCAGGAUUUUCCACAAAGCCGGGGAGAAGAAAAAUCCACUUUUUCAAGGACAAAGCUAUCUUCUGGAAGCUGCUUCAUCACCCACAAGUGGUUCCUUGCCUCCAUUGCUAGAAACCCCAACUACAACUUUAUUAGAAUGUCAAUCUCAGAACUCAAUGCAGGAUCUCCAAAAUCAUUUUUUGAUCAAUCAACAAGAAAAUGACCUCAAAAGCCUGAUAAACCCAGUUAUGUCUCAAUCCCACCUAUUCCCAAUAAAUGGAUUCCAAGUCCAACCCUCCCUUUCACCCAUUCACACCACAAUCACAAGCAGCACCUCAGUCGCUACAAACAAAAACACAGACACCACCAACAACCCAUCGCCAUCACCACUACCAUCGAUGCUCUUCAAGUCCCUGCUCUCACAUCAAGAGUGCACUUUUAAGGAACACGUGACUAUUCAAAAACAGUGCAAGACAGAGGGAAACUUUUCCCAUUUCCAAUUACCAGCCGAAGCUAACUUGCAACGGAUGAUGGAUAGGACUCUCCCAAACACAUAUCAAAAUCAAAACCCAUUGCUUUUUCAGGUUGAUUGUGGUUUGUUGGGGCUCUCAGCACUUGCUUCUGCUCCUACUACGGAUGCCACUGUUCAUGAUAUGUCCACUUCAAUUGCUUUCAACAGGGCUGGCUUUCAUAUGAUGUUAGAUACUCCAAUGAGGAUCCAUGGAGAAUCGUGGCCCUUGGAUGCUUAAAAUCAUCUCUACUUUUAAGUUUAUAUAUGGAGUAUUCUAUUAGUUUUUAUACGGAUGGCAAUCUAUAGAAUCUAUGUGUAUGUGCUGUAAAUGUAGAGUGCUAAAAUUCAUAGUCUAUCCAUGCACGCAUCUAUGUAUUAUUAUUGGGACAUUUUCUGCAGCUUGAGAAUUAGGGAGUUGUAUUUUAAUAUUUUAUUAUUGUACAAAGAUUGCUUUCUUU